GCCGCGACCGUUGACCGGUCCACAGAUCAUAAUAUUAUCAUAAUUAUUAUGACCGAGUCGCUGAGCGGUAUAAACCSGGUAUCGUCGACACGGCCGUCGCAGGCCCCGUCCGUGAUUUGUGCGACUACCAAUUUUGCCAUUUGUGCCCAUUGACAUUAUUAUAAUUACGCGUGAUACAGUUAAUUACGAUUCACAACUUAAAGACUACMGCUGCCACCGCCACGUAGUUAACACUACUUCCGGCCCGAGACGCCGCUGACACCUUGUACGUAACUGCAGGCAUUGGAGCAUCGCUGGUCGUGGUUUCCGGACAAUAAUUGUGAUGGACGGACCCGGAGGAGAAGGAAAUGGACAGUUUGAACAUCAUCAUCAGCAGCAGGAGCAGGACAAUGGACACCAUGCUGCGGCCGACGCGCAACAGCUGGAUGUGCCCAAACCACCGGCACGCCGCCUAUCGCGCAGCACAAUGUCACUGAAGAUUGCACCUGAUAUACCACCGAAACCACCGAAAUUCCAGUUUUUCCCAUCAUCCCCGACCUCAAUGUGCCUGCCCAUGCCCUUGACCCCAAUCACCGACCCGACCAUCCCGAAUGGAUUUUCGCCGCAACUUUACCAGGCGUACACGUCCAACAAAGCCACCGAUUUUUUCUUCAAACAGCUGGACGGAUUCAAAGAUAUUGUCUCCACGGCCAAAUCGAGAUUAAGCUUUGGCGAACGAGCCGUUUUUUGGAUGUACGACAAGAUCAGAGAAUGGUCUAGAAAGUGGUUAACUCAUUUCUUCCUACUCUUCAUUGCUGCCGGUUAUUGCGCAGCUGGAGCGCUAAUAUUUCAAGCAGUUGAAGGGUCAAAAGACCAAAACAUAGUUCUCAGAGAGAGGGAACAGUUGAUUAUAAAUGUUGCCAAUCUAAUGGAGAAAAUCGUAAAAAGAAAUGAUUCAGUAUUUAUAGAAACCGGAAACCUCAUUCGAAGAUACGAAUCUUUUUUUGUGCAGAACAACAAGCCAGAAUGGAAUUAUUUAAACGCUGUAUUUUAUUGUGGCACUGUGUUCACAACCAUAGGUUAUGGUCAUAUAUCUCCGUCGACAAAUACCGGUCGGCUGAUAACCAUUGUGUACGCAAUAUUUGGUAUACCUAUAUUCCUUAUUUUGUUGGCCGAUUUCGGAAAAAUGUUCACCAGAGGCAUUAAAUUUCUCUGGGCGUUCGUCCGGCGCUUAUACUACACCGGCAGCUGUCGAAAAGUUCGCAGAACUGCACCAGUUCAAGAGGUCAUGAAAGGCGUACAGAUGAUGUACGACAUUACCAAGUUCCGGAGGCCAAGCAACAUGUUCGGCGGGGUUCCGGUUCCGGAGAGUCAAUCCGGAUUUCCUCCCACGUCCCCUAGUACGCCAGCCCUAAGCGUAUACACAAUCGACGACGAGUUCAACCUACCCGUUUCGGUGGCGUUCAUCAUGCUGGUAGUAUACAUCGUAAUUGGAGCAAUCAUGUUCUGCAUCGAAGAAGGAUGGGGAUUUUUCGAAUCCUUUUACUUCGUCUUCAUAUCCAUGUCGACGAUCGGAUUUGGAGAUUUCGUGCCCAAGAGCCAACUCGUGAUGAUUGUAUCCAUCGUAUACUUGGUUUUCGGACUCGCACUAACAUCUAUGUGCAUAAAUGUCGUACAGGAAAAGUUACAGAAUUCGUUCAGACAAGCGACGACCAAAAUAAGUGCAACAAUUGGUCUCGGGUUACCACGGGUAGAUAAUAACGAGCCGGCACCUAUCGUGGUGGACGACAUGAGGACCAUCGAUGCKGAAGACGUGUCAACAAUCGAUGCGGACCCAGUUACCGAUAACGACGACGACUGAUUUUUAUUUUUCAUUUCAACGAUGUACGAUGACCAAGUACAAAUUACAUUAUUAUACGAGAUGAGGGAUUCGAGAAUAUUAUGUUGUGRUAUCCCUUGCUUGUAUACAAUACAUAAUAAUGACGACACACUCUUCCAAGUCCAGUAAAAGUGAAAAAAAUAAUAAUUGUAUAUAUAUAAUCAAUAUAAAAUCGGUCAAUUUUUUUCAUUUA